CGCGUCAUUUAGCGCAGAAACCCAAGCCAAUGGCUCACUCGCCAACCAACAGGACGCAGCUGCGCCUCCCUACCCCGCUUCCACUCCCCCCUCUACCUGAUAUUUUUACACCUCUUUCCUACUUCGCUCACUGGUUCCAAACGUUAGCGAGCUCUUUGGGAGCAUGUCUGCCAUCCAGGCUCUGGAGCAGUGGUGCCGGUCUCAGUGUGACGGCUACCGGGACGUGAACAUCACAAACAUGACUACGUCGUUCCGGAGCGGACUGGCCUUCUGCGCGCUCAUCCACAAACACAGACCCGACCUCAUAGAUUACGACUCUCUCCGCGUGGAGGACGUGUUUGACAACAACAAGCUGGCUUUUCAGGUGGCCGAGGAGGAGUUGGGGAUUCCAGCUCUGUUAGACGCAGAGGACAUGGUGUCCUUAAGGAUCCCCGACAGACUCAGCAUUCUCACCUACGUCUCGCAGUAUUACAACUACUUCAAAGCACGACCACACAGAGUGAAACGUUCGGCGCAGAGCUCCAAGGAGUCCCCGUCAGAGAAGAAAAAUCUCCCACUGGAUCCCAAAGCCUCGCCAACCAAAACCGCCAUCAAGAAUCAGGCUCCUCCCCCUGUUCCCGGCCGGACAUCUCCCAAGUUGGUCAAAGCUGCCGCUCAGAAUCUGGACACCAGCAAAAGUGGAUCCCUCAACAGCAAAUGUGUGGCUUGCAAGAGUCACGUUCACCUGGUCCAACGACACUUUGUGGACGGCAAGCUCUUUCACAGGAGCUGUUUCAUAUGUUGCGAGUGUUCGGGUACGCUCCACGCGGGAGGCUACAAACCCGGAAAGAAUCCCGACACUUUUGUUUGCCGCGUACACCCCGACAAGACUCCCAACCCUCCCGCCGAGGCUUGGCUCAAGCCGGCGUCCAGCUUGUUAGAAAGCGUCAUCAGCAUGCAACCGGCGGCGCCUUCUUCCAAACCCGUCCGUCUCGUCCCCCCGAUUCAGUGCUGGACCACCUCGGCACAGAAGACUCAAGCGGCGCGACAGAACUUUCUCCAAGCGGCGCCCCCGCCGGCGCCUCCGGCACUCCCGCAAUGGCCGCACAUGGAUGCGGGCAAAGCGGGGAAGAAAAUGGCCGAGCAAAACUGCAACAAUAACAACAAAUGUCUGUUUACGAUUCGCUCGGCAGAGAAACGCUUUGGAGCAGAGUCCAGUCCAGGUGAAAUUUCCACUCCGCCAAAAGUCGACUGCAGUAAAAGCCCAGCGAGAAAUUCUCACCCUGAAGUGAUCAAAUGUAGCACCACGAGGUCGACGGCUCCCAUAGAUCCUCCCAAGCCGAAAUGUGUGGAAACCCGAUCAGAGCCGCUAAGUCUUCUUCCGUUGCACAGAAGAGCCGCAGAAUCUGCCAGAAAAGAACAUCAGCAUGAUUUCACGUCCACGGCGUUCUCCGGCGUCCCGACCGGUACCUCGAAGACUCCCCCCGCGACUCCAGUGACUCUACCACCUCCUCAUCCUGUUUUUUUUUCACCAGCAGGCUACGUGCAUCUUGCCGAUCCUCCCAGGAGGCGCUCGCCUGUUAAAUCCUCCUCCAGAUGGCAAGCCGCGGAGUCCAUUAGCUCGCCGACCUCCAAAGGAGACGUCCCAUCAGGCGCUAAAAAGGGAACGUAUUUGUCGCCCACCAACGCCUCCGGCGCUGAAAUGAGGUCACCCUCCCGCACGUCUUAUCACAUCCCGGCGGAGCGGAUUGAGAGCGAGCUGGACGACAUCGAGACGAACCUGGCGCUGCUGGAGAAGGAAGGGGUGGAGCUGGAGAGGAAGCUUCGCCGCUGCGAGGAAGAGGGCGAUGGCGACCUCCUGAUGGACCCGCUGAUGGUCGACUGGUUCAAACUCAUCCGAAAGAAACAAAUGUUCAUCAGGAAAGAGUCGGAACUUGUCUACACAGCGAGGACUGAGGAGCUGGAGCGGCAGCAGCUGAACGUCGAGCGGGAACUCCGCAGGCUGCUGGAGAAGCCGGAUGGCGUCAAGUCGGCCGAGGAGCGAGUGCGCGAGAAGAUGCUGCUGCGCAAUCUGAUGGAGAUCGUGGACGGCAGGAACGCCAUCGUGGAGGUCCUGGAUGACGACCGCCUCAGGGAAUUGGUGGAGGACGAGCAACUGAACGCAAUGAUGGAAAAUUUCGGAGUAAAGAAAGGCAAACCUAAAAGGAAAUCCUCCAUUUCAAAACUAUUUGGUCGAAGAAGUAAGCCACGGGUGGAAUAAUAUUCCAAAUGUUUGGAACAUCGAGGUCAUCGUGUGCAUAAAGCGGGAUACACACACAGAUUUUAACAUUUUAACCAAAUUCAUUGUCGCUGAAUUUGCUUUUAAGAUUGUGAAAAUUGAUUGAUUUAUAAUACGUUGUAGAGUAACAAUAUAACAAAUGAAUUCAUUCAUUUUCAAUCUCAGAUGGCCACCGAGCGUCACAUGACCACAGCUCAGAAAAUAGUAGCGGACUUGCCGUGUUUGCUGCAAUAACAACUACAGGUUAAUGUGAUCGUUUCUGGCACAAAACCAACAAAUCGUCAACCCACAAUUAUGCUUGUUAUCACAGGUAGAUAUGCUAGCAGUUAUGCUAGGUAUCGCAGCCUACUUUUGGGGUUGAUGACAUAAUGGUGUCAUGUCAGAAACAAUGUCACCAACUCAUAGUUCAGCUAGUUAUGCUAGCUCUGACUGCUUGUUCUGCCAGCAGCUAUGCUAGUAUUUGUGGCCUAGCUAUGGGCUGAUGAUAUGAUAUGGUCUCAUGUCAGACAAUCAGGUAGUUUGUAGUUAUGCUAGCUAUUGAAGCUAGUUAUGCCAGCAGUUAUGCUAACUAUCGCAGCGAAUUAUUCCCGCAACUACGGCUUGAUGGUUACGUGUCAGAAGCCAUCAUGUUCAGUAUUCUUGCAAAAAAUAUGUUGCUGUUGAAUUCCACUUUCGCACUUGUUGCCUCUGACUGAUUUCCAAGUAUGUAGGGGAGGAAAAAUCACUCUCACCACACCGCAAGAUAAUCGCUCAGGAUAAUUAUUCCGAGACAUUCCACAAUCGUGCCUUUUCUGACUUUGAUUGGAAGUGUCAAAAAAAAAAAAGCUAAAAUUAGCCCCGAUGACUGGCAUGUGUGGGUUUGGAUUACUGCGACAAUGCAGCAUGAACAAUUUUGUAAAAACUUUGACAUCGGCUGAGGUCUGGACUCCCUUGGUGCUCUUGUUUGUCUUCUUUUUUUGACUGCAAUGUAAAAGACAUCCAAUUUUG